AUGCUCAACAACUUCCGCGAGAAGACGCAGCGUGGGGCCGCGGCGCCGAAGUGGGGCCGCACGUCGCAGCGCACGACGAACACGCGCCCUCGCGACAUCUCAAAUGCCACGGGCGGCACGAUGACGACGCGCUCGGGCGAGCCCGCGUCCAAGCGCGAGAGCUACACCGCGUACAUGGAAGGGCGUGCCGCGGCGGAGAUCCCGGACAUUGACGCCCUCGACCGUGAGAACCCUCUCGCGGUGACGGAGUACGUGAACGACAUCUUCAGCUACUGGUUCAGAGUCGAGCCCGACACUCAGGUUGCGCCGAACUACAUGCUGAUCCAGACCGACAUCAACGACAAGAUGCGCGCGAUCCUCAUCGACUGGCUCGUCGAGGUGCACCUGAAGUUUAAGCUGAUGCCGGAAACGCUGUUUCUGACGCACAACCUCAUCGACCGCUUCUUGGCGAAGAAGGUCGUGACGCGGAAAAACCUUCAGCUCGUCGGCGUCACCGCGAUGCUUCUCGCGUCCAAGUACGAGGAGAUUUGGGCGCCGGAGGUCAGGGAUUUCGUGUACAUCUCCGACAAGGCGUACACCCGAGAGCAGAUCCUCGGGAUGGAGAAGCAGAUGCUGAACACGCUCGGGUUCCACCUCACGGUGCCGACACCGUACCAGUUCAUGUCUCGAUUUUUCAAAGCGGCGAACGCGGAUAAGCAGUUUCAGCUCCUCGCGAGCUUCGUCGUGGAGAGCUCGCUGCCGGACUACAGCAUGCUGAAGUACCCCGGGUCUCUUCUCGCGGCGAGCGCGGUGUACGUGGCGAUGAAGACGCUUGGUAAGGGUGAGUGGAACGACGUGAUGGAGGCGCACACGCGGUACACGGAGGAGGACAUUCGGCCGUGCGCGAACGCGAUGGCGCGUUUGCAGCGCAAGAGCGCGACCGCGUCUUUGUCCGCGGUGCACAAAAAGUACAGCAACCCGAAGUUCAUGGAGGUUGCUAGGCUUCCCGCCCCCGCUGGUCUGGGGGAGGAUUAA